UCCACUGCCACACGCCCCUUGUUUUCACCCCACCUCGAGCUUAUCCACGCGGAAUCAAAGAGCAACUUGAUGAAUAUUCACAGUUUACGUCCUCGGUGGCUGACGAACCGUGAAAGGUCGACUGGUUUUCUUUUUAACAUUUUUUUAGAAAUCGAGCUGCCUUCGAAUCGAUCUCAACUCCAGAGGAUACAUCUCCAGGAAACUGCCGGUUUGAGUCCAUCGUCGCAGUAGUUUGAUUUAAUUUUUUACCACAGGCGUUUCGACGCUGCUUUUCUUCUGUUGGGACAUCGGAACAUCUUCAAAAUGUUGCUUGAACACCCGGGGUCAAGCUGUCAAAGCACCGGCAAUUUCUCCCGGUACAGUUCAGGACAAGAAAUCCCAGUAUGUGCAGGCUGCAAUCAACACAUCGUGGACCGCUUUAUCCUCAAAGUGCUGGAUCGCCACUGGCACAGCAAGUGCCUGAAAUGCAGCGACUGCCAGGCGCAACUGUCCGAGAAGUGCUUCAGCAGGGGCGAGAGCGUCUACUGCAAAGAGGAUUUCUUCAAGAGAUUCGGGACCAAGUGCGCAGCCUGUCAGCAGGGCAUACCGCCCACACAGGUGGUGAGGAGAGCGCAGGACUUCGUGUACCACCUGCAUUGCUUCGCCUGCAUCGUGUGCAAAAGGCAACUGGCCACAGGUGACGAGUACUAUCUGAUGGAGGACAGCAGGCUCGUGUGCAAAGCCGACUACGAGACCGCCAAACAGAGAGAGGCAGACUCGACUGCAAAAAGGCCACGAACCACCAUCACUGCUAAACAGCUGGAAACACUGAAGAACGCCUACAAUAACUCUCCCAAACCUGCCCGCCACGUCCGAGAGCAGCUAUCGUCAGAGACCGGCCUGGAUAUGCGGGUUGUGCAGGUUUGGUUUCAGAACAGGCGAGCUAAAGAGAAAAGACUGAAGAAAGACGCCGGUCGGCAGAGGUGGGGGCAGUACUUCCGCAACAUGAAGAGGUCACGAGGAAGCUCCAAAUCUGACAAGGACAGCAUUCAGGAGGAGGGCCUGGACAGUGACGCUGAGGUGUCCUUCACAGAUGAACCACCCAUGUCGGAGCUGGGCCUCACUAACGGAAUCUACAGCAGCCUGAGCGACACUUCUCCGGGCAUCGGGGGCCGUCAAGGCGGCAACAACCACAGCUCCUUCCCCCUGGAGCACGGGGUCCUCCCCUCUCAGGACCAGUUCCACGACAUCCGCUCAAACAGUCCCUACGGCCUCCCUCAGUCGCCGGGGUCGCUUCAGGUUCUUCCCCGACACCAGCCCCUCAUCUCCAGCUUGGUCUACCCUGACUCCAGCCUUUCCAUCAUGACCCAGGGCAGCGGGCCUGGUAUCAACCCCGGGGUGAGGGUCUCCAUGGGGGCUGCCAACGGCCCCAGCUCAGACCUCUCGACUGGCAGCAGCGGAGGAUACCCAGACUUUCCUGCCAGUCCUGCCUCGUGGUUAGAUGAAGUGGACCACGGGCAGUUUUGAUUGGUCAACAUUAAGAAAUUGGACUCUAUUUCUUCUUUUUUUUAGUUUUCUGUGUCUUCUGUUGGAUUUAAGGAGUUGGGAAAUCAGGGCAGUGAUUGUGCAAAGGACUAGACUGCUGUCUUUGGAUCUCCAAAUGAUCUGAUAAACAGAUUCAUUUAAAUCUGGGAUAUUGAUGAAAGGAAGGAGGAAAAUGUCCUCCAUUAAAAGCACUUUGCUUAACAAUUGUCCUUCAGUAUUAAAAACUGUAUGUAAAGCAAGAAAUCUGUGAAAAAAAUGCUGUUUUCAGAUACCACUAUAAGCUUUUUCAUCAAUGAGACUCUUUCUUUCAUUUGGAUUUUCACCAACUCGCUCUCUUUGUUUUCUACACUGUGUUUAGGGGGAGAAUUCAGUUUACCGUUCAGAGUCUUUAAAUGUCUGGUUGUUGCCAAAUGUCUAUAUAUAAAUAUAUAAUGGUUUAUCAUUGCGGAGACUUUAUUUUUAUACAAACCCCCUUCCUGGACAUGAAUAAGAAACCCAGAUAUGAGGACUUUGUACAUUCUUAAACAGGGAUCUAGGCAAAAUGUAGAUGUUGUCUUAAAUGGUACCUAGGGGUCCAAUUACUUCUAUGCAUUUGUGUGUUCUCAGAUGUAUCUCGUUUGUUUUGUUCUACAGAAAACAACCCCAAGGAAGAGCUUGCUGUAUAGCACAUGGGGUUCGAUGUAUAUGUUUGUUUAUGUGGAAAAUGUUUUAUGUCUUAUUUAUUCCCUCUGGUAAUGAUGAUGACGAUGAUGAUGAUGAUUCCUGGUUAAAUGGCAGGACUUUAAUAAAUUUGUCACCUAAAUUAACAA